GCUUCCCCACAUUUUUAACUUUAACACGUUCUCAGUGGAUUAGGGUUUUGAGGCUCGAUGGGUGAGGAGGGACUCUUGCCCAAGGACUCGGCGGCUCUCAUGACGAUCCUGAGCGACAGGGAGCUCACCUUCGCCGGCGCUGUGGAGGUUUUCACGCGCCAGUUCGAUGCGACGAUGCACUUCCAGCUCUCGUGCAAUCUCGUGCUGCUGCUCCAGGAAGGGAUCAUUCUCCAGAAAGAACAGCGGCUCGUGGCACUCUACAUUCUCCACAGCUUGUAUAUCACACAGACCGAGACGAAUCCAUUCGUCUCGUUUCUUCUCCGGUUCACUGCCGACGAGUCUGUUGCGAAGCUCGAGAGAGGUUUUCUUGUCACAUUGAUUCGUAGCGGUAACAAAGAGUUUGAGAAACGAACGCCCAGUGACUUCGUGACUACUUUUGAUGGAUCCCUCCAAGCGCCUACCAAAGACCAAGUGCAAAAGCAAGCGCCACAAAAGGCUGUAAGUUUCUUGCCUGGACCGAAUUGCUUUAGCAAGGCUGCCAUCAGAAAUGUACUCCCAGACCCGGAUUUACCGUCCGGCUACAGUUCGGACGGUCUAGAAACGGGAGUCUCUGAGUCUGAGAGUGGCGAGUUGGCAGCCAUCGAGCUGAUGCAAGCCAGUAGUCUGAAAGGAUUGGAGCCGGCAUGGGACAGACCGAUUCCUCCAAAGUUUCCACUUCGCAAAGAAGAGCUUCUUUGGCUUACUCCAGACAGCGAACACGACCUCUUAUGGCAUUCUGGGAUGUGUGCGGAUUCAAGUCGGGGUGCUGCAGUCCGUGAGCUUAUCGCAAGGGCUUUGAAAGGCGCACUAGCUCCGGCACAACAGCAGCAAGUUCUUCAAGAGCUGGAGUCCGAUCCGAAGCUUGUCUAUCACUGUGGUCUCACGCCCCGUAGACUACCAGAACUCGUUGAAAACAAUCCUAUUAUUGCAGUUGAGGUUCUUCUCAAGCUGAUGAACUCGGUACAAAGCUCCGAGUAUUUCAACGCGCUUGUAAGCAUGGACAUGAGCCUGCACUCCAUGGAAGUCGUCAAUCGCCUGACAACGGCCGUGCAGAUCCCUGUCGAAUAUAUCCAUGCCUACAUUAACAAUUGCAUAUCUUCAUGCGAGAAUAUGAAGGACAAGUACAUGCAAAAUCGAUUGGUGAGACUGGUGUGCGUCUUUUUGACGAGCCUCAUUCGCAAUAGAAUCAUAAACGUUCACGAUCUGUUUAUCGAAGUUCAAGCGUUCUGCAUCGAGUUUUCCCGCAUCAGAGAGGCCGCGGGCCUUUUCAGGCUGCUCAAGUCACUGGAAUAGGUACAUAGCUAGGCCAAUUUAUUGCAAGCUAAUUUGUGAAACUGGAUCCGCUGCAAUGGAAAUAGUAUUUUCCUUA